AUGUAAGUGAAAUCAAUCGAAAAAUAGAAUAAAAUCUUGAAAGAUAUUCAAAUCUAAGAUUUUUCUGAUGAGCUAGCACUUAAUAAUAACCUAGUAAAGUAGUAACUGAAAGUACUUAGAAGAUCCCUAGAUGUGGCAUGGAAUCCAAAGCCCAUCAUAGAUUUUCAAAGUUUAGGAACCUCUCCAAUUUGGAAUGCAAACAACUCGACAAAUUCCUCUAAUAGCACUGUGUAAAAUAGUACAAAUAAAGCUAAUGCCACAACUAACUCUAGCAUUAAAGCGAAUACUAGCUCUAACACCUCUAUUAAAAAUAAUGUUACUACAAAUGCUACUACAAAUAGCAGUUCAAAUAAUUCAUCUACCAAAAAUAAUAGCACAGCAACUUCAAACAUUACUUCUAAUGCAACAAAAUCGAAUACGACCAAUGCCUCAGCAAAUUCAAAUAAAACCAAUACAUCUACUCCUAGUACAAGUUCCAGCACCUAAACUAAUAGUAAUAGUAAUAAGAGUAGUGCAAGUUCAACUUGGUCUGUUAUUACUAGUAUCAAUAUGUAUGAUUUCGCUUCUACGAUGAAUAAUCAAACUGUAAACUAUGAUAAAAAUGGGAAAUAAAUCAUUAAUUCUGCUGAAUCUCAGUCUUAAUCAUCAUCAACUACUAAUGCUAAUUUAAUUUCCUAGGUAGUAGAACCCGUAAUUGAAGGAUAAAACUAGACUGCUGGGAGUUCAAGUGAUUCAGAUCUGUAGUAGUCAACUAAAUUGAUUCUAUAUAUUAGUAUUCCUGUCGGAGCAUUAUUCAUAAUUGCUUUGACUAUUAUCUAUUGCAUAAUGAGAAGGAGAAUAGGUAUUAUCAGAAGAUGGAAGAAGAUUAGAAAGUCUCAAGAAAAAGUACAUCCUUAAUUCAAUUCCACAAUGAAUAAAAUAUCUGAGAGAACGAAGUCUAAAAAGGACUAUCAAUUAGAUGAUGUUACGAAUGAAGAGGAGCAGAUGCAAAAGAAUUUGGAUAUAAGUGUUAUUAUGAAUGUUGAUAACAGCUAGACUGCAAUCCAACAUGCUAAAAGAAUUUAAUGCAAGCCAAAUAUUGCCUACUUAAAAGAUUAGUAUGUUGAAUAGAAGUCUAAUGCAAUGAAGACCAUAGUUUAUCAUGAUGGAAUAAGUCCCCAUGCAAUUGUAAAUCCAGACGUUACACCUUAGUCUUUUAUAGAUCCUAAAGAGCUUACUAGAUAUUGGUGA